UCUUCGACCCAAAUCAAACUCUUUCUCGCUAAAUCGUUCCUUCUUGCUUUCGUCUUUCUUCUUCGUUUUCAAGCUCUUCGUUACUGUGGUGCUGCUGCUAUGAUAUUAGCUGAACUCUCCGGUACUGUCUCAGCUAGAGUCUUGUUUGGUGAUAAUAGUGGAAUUGGAGUUAGAUCAUCUAAGGUUCGUGGGUUUUGCGUUUUGUUUGCUGGGUUGUUGUUGUUAUCUAUCAGCUGGGAUCGUGUUGAUUGUUUCCCUUUUUCAUCAUCUGUUGAAAGUUGGGGUUUUUGGAUUUACCCUAAAGAGAAUUGCUUGAGGGUUUGGCCUUUGUUGCUUCCGUUUCUAUCUGGGUUCUUGGGUUGUUAUGAGAAAGUUUCUUUGAAUUGGAAUGAGAUCAAACAGUUAGAUCAGAAACGAGUUCGAUUACUGUCUUUGUUUUUAACCACUGUGUUGUUGUUCCCACUUGCUAUUUGGAGUUUCUUGUUCUCUGGUAGUGGUGAUGAUGGUGUCUCUUUUGGGAAUUUAGGUUGGCCUUUAGCUAACACUGUUGUGUUUGGAGUAUUGUUGAGUGAGAAUUAUAAUGACGAUAAGUUUUCGAGCUCGAAGAAGAAGGAUUCAGUGAGGGAGUUUCUUGUAACGUUUCUAUGUACUAUUGUAUUGGAACUCUUCUAUUUUCCUGAGUUAUCUCUUUGGGGAUUGUUGCUUUGUGGUUUGUUGCUUUAUGUUGCUGUUAGAGAGUUGGACUCUGUGUAUUCAGAUUAUCAAGAGAUUGGGAUGGAAUCGCCUGAGUCGUUUUCCACUAUGUUUAUGAAGCCUCUACGUCACAUUUUGAGCGAGAAGAAAUCGAGGAAGAUUGCGUUGUUUCUUUUGAUCAAUACGGCGUAUAUGGUUGUUGAGUUUGUGGCUGGGUUUAUGAGUAACAGUCUUGGAUUGAUCUCAGACGCUUGUCAUAUGUUGUUUGAUUGUGCUGCUUUGGCAAUUGGGCUAUAUGCGUCUUAUAUCUCCCGUCUUCCUGCAAACCAUCAGUACAACUAUGGCCGAGGUAGAUUUGAAGUGCUUUCUGGUUAUGUUAACGCGGUGUUCCUUGUUCUUGUUGGAGCUUUGAUUGUGCUUGAGUCGAUUGAGAGAAUCUUGGAUCCUCAGGAGAUUUCUACAAAUAGUCUCUUGGUUGUUUCGGUUGGUGGGCUUCUCGUGAAUAUUGUCGGGUUAAUCUUUUUCCACGAGGAGCAUCAUCAUGCUCAUGGUGGAUCUGGUUGCACACAUUCUCAUUCGCAACAUUCCUAUGGCCACAAACAUGAUGAGCAUCAUGAGCAUGACCAUCAUCAUCAGCAUUCCCAUAGCCAUAAACAUGAGGAGCAUCAUGAGCACGACCAUCAUCAUCAGCAUUCAGAUAGCCAUAAACAUGAGGAACUUCAUGAGCAUGACCAUCAUCAUCAUUCCCAUAGCCAUAAACAUGAGGGGUGCAACCACGACCAUAGCCACAACCAUGAGCAUCAUUCUGGUCACAAACUUGAAAAAAGUGAAAAGAAGGAGCAUCGCCACAUUGACCACAACAUGGAAGGAAUCUUUCUUCAUGUUUUAGCAGACACAAUGGGGAGUGUUGGAGUUGUGAUAUCGACACUCUUGAUCAAAUACAAGGGCUGGUUAGUUGCUGAUCCAGCCAGCUCAAUCUUCAUUUCCAUCCUCAUCAUUGCUUCAGUCAUUCCGUUGCUCCGAAAUUCCGCAGAGAUUCUACUGCAAAGAGUCCCUAGGGCUCACAGGCACGACCUGAGAGAAGCUAUGAGGAACAUACUUAAGACUAAAGGUGUUUGCAGUAUCCAGAGACUGCAUGUAUGGAGUUUCACGAACUCAGACGUCGUGGCUACUCUCCAUCUCCUUGUAUCAGCGGAUUCAGACAAGACGGAAACUAAGUUACAAGUCUCACGUCUGUUAGAAGAUGCAGGAGUAAAGGAUUUGACUUUGCAGGUGGAUUCUGUUAAAUCAUAGCAAUUGACAUUGAAGACACAUUAAUUGUGCUUCUUGAUCAUUACUAUCUUAGAGACUGAAAUAAAAUUUUCAGUUUUGUGUUAUGAAAAGGAACUUAUUAUAAAGUUGUAUGAUUCACACAACAACACAUUUCUUAAACAGAGAAUCAGAAAUAGAAAUACAUAUUGAUUUUGAUA